UUGACGGCCUUUCGCCAUGGUCAGGGCAGUUCACCAUGAAGCUCUGCGGCGACCUGCGGCGGCCAUAGUAUUCUCAGCGGCAGCAGCUCUAGUUGCGAUCUGCUGCCUGAUGGUUCUCUCGAAUGCGCAUUCAAACAUUGUGUUCCACAACAAGCAACAGACGAGUCUUGAGCAACAGAAGUUGUGGGAAAACUACUUUCCGGGAUACAAAGCGAUCAGGGCACGGUACGAGCGUACAAAGUUGUUAUACAACGCGCACAUGAAGCGCAUGGGUGCACCACAAGUACAAAAGGGCGAGGAACUCCACAGCAAGAGCAUUGCAAAUCCUUACAUCUUCUGCAAGCGAAGCUUCCCCCCUGUGAGUGACUACGAUCAAGCGGAGUUUCACUCUUGCCUGGAUGCAUUGGGUGUGAAGAGAAUUAAUCUCCAGAACGUCGGGGACUCACAAGUUGCAACUGACAUCACUGGAGCGCCAGCAGGAUAUCAUCAGCACGAUGGGCCGAACUCACUCUCACCAGGAUCGGAUGGCUGGUCCAGAUGGUAAGUGGAGAGGGAACGAGUUUGUAAUGGUUGUAAAGAUAGGAUCCUA